ACAAAAGGGGUUUCAGUGAGAAACACUACAACUUAUGACAACUGUUGUAAAUGUGGUGGGAGUGGCAUCUUUUUGGGAAUAUGAACCAAGUAGCCUACAUACAAAUGGUAGGGUUAGAAACAAUAGACGACUGCAUAUCUAGCCAAAGUUCAGUUAUGACGUACAGAAUUAUAAACACCAUAAUAUAAUCAAUGCUGAUUGGCUGACAUUCGUAGUAUAUCAGCGCGUAUACCACGGGUAUGACAAAACAUUUAUUUUUACUGCUCUAAUUACAGUGGUUACCACUUUAUAAUAGCAAUAAGGUACCUCGGGGGUUUAUGAUAUAUGGCCAAUAUACCACGGCUCUGUGCUACGUCGUGCAUAAGACCAGCCCUUGGGCUUGGCAUAUUGGCCAUAUGGAUAAGAGCUUCUGCUAAAUGACUAAAAUGUAAAUGAUUUACAUAUUUUCAGUAAAAACUUUAUUUUGAUUAAUUUAUUCAUACUAUUUCAUCCUUCCACAAGAUAUAGUCCUGACCCAAGUCUAGGGUUACUGCCCAAGCCGGCUCGUUGUUAGUUCUAUUGGUCCGGUUGCCAGAGACAUGAGUUGUUGCCAGUUGUUGUCAAUUUAAUCUGUAUCUAUGGACACAAUCCAAUUGUUCAUUCUAAAUGCUCUAUUGCCAGACUGGCUGGCAACGUUCUUAUCCUUUGCUGCCUAGCUAGCCAACUAUGGCUAACUUACAGUCAUGUCUAACAGUGCAGCCAGAAUAACAACAGAGUUGCUGCAUUUGCGUUUGUUUAAGCUGUUUUCUAGUUUUGAUACAUCCAUAACAAAGAGUUAAUGAUGUGAGAUUUCACCUGGCAUAGAAAAUGUGCUCUCUUGUCAGGACAGUGUUGUUCAGAGGAGCUAGCCAACAACACAGCUAACACAAUAACUUCAAACUGAAGCUGGAAACAAAGGUGUUGUCAUGAGGUUGGCCUGGGGGUAGGUUUAUGACAGUCAUAAAUACCUCUUCCCCCCUUUUUCCUCUCUCCACCCUACUGAUGUUACAUUUGCAAAACCCUUGGUUAACAUAGAGAUUAUGGGAACAUCAGAAGGUGGGGGGAAAUGAACUAUAUUCUGGUAAUCCGACCAAUUGAACAUAUGCGGUGGUACUUAAUGAAUAUGAUGUCAGUUCGGUUGUCAUCUGAGACAUUCUCAUCAAUGAUAAGAUGACAUAAACUCUACAGUGGAAAGUCUAUACAUCAGAGUUAUCAGAUUCACAUGGAAUUGUUUGUAAUAACAUGCGUCUUGGUGAGAGGUGUAGGAGUCAGGCGCAGGAGAGCAGGGAUGUCUGAGAAGCGUGUUUAAUAAUAUAGUCCACCAAUACGAAACGGCACAGACAAAAAUCCCAAAAUUAGGCUCUCGAAUAAUCAGAAACUCGUGCAAACACACGGAGAAAAAACAACAAACAUCAAAUACAAUCGAGCGCAAUACACACAAGUCUAAUCCUGCAUGAAUUACGGCAGGUAACAGGUGCCCUAUAUACCCACAGAAAUCAAAGCAAUUGAAAACCAGGUGUGAAAAGGAACACAGACAAAACAACCAGAAAAAGAAAAAGGGAUCGGUAGCGACUAGUGGACCGGCGACGCCGAGCGCCGCCUGAACAAGGAGGGGAGUUACCUUCGGUAGAAGUCGUGACAUUGUUGUUCAAUUUAAAUGUUUGAAUAUGAGAUUAUUCGUGAUGGGAUGAAAUGUGAUUUUAGCUUCUAAAAUGUGAGAUUUGGGUUUUCAUAAGGUAGGGCUAUGCUCAAUCAGUGGCCCGCCCCUGUGAAGGGACAUGGGCUAUAAAACUUUUCAAACACGCCCUCCUCUCCCUUCCUUCCUAUAUAAAGCCUUGACGACAAUGUAAUCUCCUGUUCCGGGGACGUGAGGACGACGGUCCGAUGUCAGAAUGGUUCAGAUAAUAACUACAGAACGAAGCCAACAUCAGCGUAAGCUUUGGUUGUGAAUGGUAUGAACUUUGAACUCUUAUUCACAACAGAAGUGAUACCUCCUAGCUGUUGAGUUGGCAACAGCAGAUGCAAACGCAGGUUUGGAAGGAACAGACAGAGUAUCCCGUCUAUCACACAACGACGUUACUACAACGUAUCCAAUUGACAACCAGAGACAUUCUUCAAAGGACUCGGUUGGGCAACACGGCCUUCCAUCUAUCACCAACCUACCGAAGCGCAGCUCAGAGUAAAUAUUUAUUGCAUUUUCCUUUUCCAAAUGGGCGGUAAUUUAGAAUGCAUAAGAUACUGUAUUGACGAUAGCACAGCUUCACCCUUUGUUCCUCAGUCUUCCCGCUCUUUCACUCAAACCCAGCCCCUUUUCUUUUGUGUAACCAGCUGUCAUAUCUGUUCCGCCCGCCAGGGACGUUUUCCUUUAUGACGGAAUUUGUAAUCAAGUUGAUUAAUUAUCUGUACGUGUAAUUCUGUGUGAUUAGUUAGGUAUUUAGUAAAUAAAUAAUUAAACACCAUUUUGUAUUGCUGAUUCAACUUGUUAGCCAGGGUUCUUUCUUGCAGAUAACCAAGAAUUUACAACUUUCAGAUGAGACUGAAUUAAGAUGAUUAAUAUUGACUGCUAUUGAUGUAAAAUAUUACUAGGUCUUUAAGAGUUUAUUCGGAAGAUAACAGCUCUAUAAAUAUUAUUUUGUGGCGCCCUGACUCUCUAGUUAAUUACAUUUACAUGAUUAGCUCAAUCAUGUAACAUUAAUUACGGAGAAAUUAUUUUAUAGAAUAGCAUGUCAUUUUUUUUAUACUUCAGAAAACGUGAAUUCAUAAAACAUGCGACCAUCCUUCUGUAGUUCCACAGUAGACUAGGCUACUGCCAGACCAGAGAUCCCUUGGGGAAAAAAAUAACUCAAUGGCACUCAACUGGAUCGGUAAAGUCUGAAUAGGUCAAGACAAAAACGUCUUAUUUUAACUGGUGUGAAUAAUGCUUCAAGACUGAUUUUUGUACACCUUUCUGUCUCUCUCUCUCUGUAUGUCUCUCUCUCUCUCUCUGUCUGUAUGUCUCUCUCUCACACCCACACACACACACACACACACACACACAGCAUCUCCUUGGCACCUCUGUCUUUUCUCUCAUGCUGCUACCUCUGGUGUUGUCUUGUGACAGCAACCGGACCAUGAGAGAGAUCGCUGAAGACUACGAGUUUGUCAUCUCCCUGCUCCUUCAGAAGCUUGAGAACAACCUCACUGAAUCAUUAAAAGAGUCUCAUAAAAGCUGCACAGGUGAAAUGCCUGAAUGUGAGAAGGAUAACGAAAGACAGUUUAUUUACAACAUGAUGUGUAGCCAUACCAGACUCAUUAGGCUCUUUAAGCUAGAGAGGCUCAAGAGAGAAAUCCUGUGCUCACUGGGCCACUACUGUCCUAGAAAACAGAGGAGUUCACAAGGACAGCACACAACCCAUCGGCAUCAGAGGAGAAAGAAGAAGAAGCCAGGAGGGGAAACGGUGGAGGAGAAAGAGAGAACGGAGGAGAACAGAGGGACCACGGAGGGAGGGGAGAGGUUGAACAGUUGGAAACAGCAGGGACGAGAGAGAAAGGAGAGACGCAGGAGCACAGAGGCCAUGAAAAGGAGGCGGAGACAGUGUGGACUGAAGGUGUUUGUGGACAGCCUGAAGGAGUGCUACAUGUCUCUGGCUGAAAGACAUGGAGACCUGAAGUGAGAGGAGAGAUGCGGCCGAGCUAACCCCACCAAGCAUUUAUUUACCACUUUCUUGCAGGUAUACCCCUUUAUACAUAUCAGUGGGUAACUGGCAAAAUCCGAGGGGUGGAGAGUGUUUUUAAACCAUGGGGGCUGUUUGAAUUUCAAAUUAGGGAGGAGUUAAACAAUUCCGUGUUAAUUCAUUUACCUGCAAAAAAAGCAAAGAGAAACAUUCACACAGAUUCCUGUCUUUUGUUUACAGGCUCUGUGAAAAUGCAGGAACCAUGACUAGGACUUUAUGUGUUUUUUAUUGUCCAAGCUUUCUACACCUUUCAUAAGCUAGGUUUCCAUUCGACUGGAGAAAGACGUGAAUAGUCUAAAAUGCACGUGACAAAAUAUGCACAUUUUCCCGCCUGGCAUGUUUCCAUCAAAUUGACUUGUUGCUGAUAAAAGGCUGUGUGUUAGAAUGGAAGGCACAUAAAAAUGACUUUUGUAGUUAAAUUACCACGUACAGAAUAAAACAUACAAGUUAAAUGGG